GUCGGUGUUAGCUUUUAUACCAAAACCAAAUCAAUCCCAUUCCGCCCCUUCCAAAUUAUCAACUCAUCAGAGUCAAACAAACCAAAAAUUAAAAAACGACGCUUUGGAAUUCAAAUCAAAAUUCGCAAAAUCUAGCAGAUACUUAUCAAUCAGCGAUGGUGAUCGCCCAAUCCAACAUUAAUCCGGCGAUACAGUUUGCCGCUUCCACUUUUCGCCACCACCACCGCCUACAUUUCCCCCACCACCGAUUUCUCUUCCCACCCCCAGCUGCGUUCCGCCGCCUUACACUCGAAGUUGUGAGUGUCAGAGCUUUCUCCACCAACGAGACUCAAUCGGCUGAAACUGAGAAGCUUCCCAAUAAACCGCCUAUUUGCACGGCCGACGAGCUCCAUUACGUCACGGUCAACAACUCCGACUGGCGACUCGCUCUCUGGCGCUAUAAGCCCUCGCCACAGGCUCCAGCAAGAAAUCAUCCACUGAUGCUGUUAUCGGGUGUUGGAACAAAUGCCAUUGGAUAUGAUCUGGCUCCUGGGUCUUCAUUUGCCCGUUAUAUGUGUGGCCAAGGAUUUGAUACCUGGGUUCUAGAGGUCCGAGGGGCUGGGUUGAGCACUCGAGGAUCAGAUCGUAAAGACAUUGAGAAGUUGGCUCAUGAAAAAUCUGAGCAAAUGGAAGCUGCUGCAGAGAAUGCGACCAAUGGGGCUCUCUCUUCAGACACUCGGUCAUCCCUGGUCCAGGAUACCUCAGAAAAACCUGAGAUGGCUGUGGUCAAUGAAGAACCAGUUAGUGUUGAAACAGCAUGGGACGAAUCAAGACUGGUCACAGAAUUGACGGAAACUUUUACGCGCUUGUCAGAAAGACUUUCUGGCUUUCUUAGUGAAAGUCAGUCAAAGAUUAUGUCUGCCAAAUUGUUUGAUCAAAUAUCAGAACUCUUGGAGGAUUCCUUUAUAUUCGAACGCCUUAGUGAAGUAAGGGGAAAGCUUUUGAGUUUGCUGGAAGCAAGGCAAAGUUCUGGUGUAGCUGGCCAGAUUAGGGAUCUAAGUCAGAAACUAGUAGAUAUCAUCGAAGAAGGUCAACGCUCUGUUUCACCUCAAUUUUUUGAUAUGCAUGGGCGCCUAAUAACCACUGUGGAAGAUUUCCAGAAACAAUUGGACUUGAUUGUCAAAUAUGAUUGGGACUUUGAUCAUUAUUUGGAACAAGAUGUUCCUGCUGCGAUGGAAUAUAUAAGGGCCCAAAGCAAACCAAAGGAUGGCCGAUUAUUUGCAAUUGGUCACUCCAUGGGGGGUAUCCUGCUAUACGCCAUGCUAUCACGAUACAGUUCAGAAGGAAGAGAUCCUGGAUUAGCUGCUAUUGUUACAUUGGCCUCAUCACUUGACUACACAUCAUCGAGAUCAUCGCUCAAACUGCUUCUUCCCCUUGCUGAUCCUGCACAGGCUCUCAAUGUGCCUGUUGUUCCUUUAGGAGCAUUACUUUCUGCAGCUUAUCCUCUUUCUUCCCGCCCACCUUAUGUCUUGUCAUGGCUGAAUGACCUGAUAUCAGCUCAGGAUAUGAUGCAUCCUGAGCUGUUGAAGAAGCUUGUCCUAAAUAAUUUUUGUACUAUUCCUGCUAAACUAUUAUUGCAGCUCACAACUGCUUUCCGUGAGGGGGGUCUCCGGGAUAGAAGUGGUACAUUUUUCUACAAGGAUCAUCUUCAUAAAAGUAAUGUUCCUGUCUUGGCUCUUGCUGGAGACCGGGACUUGAUUUGCCCACCAGAAGCUGUAUAUGAGACCGUGAAGCUCGUUCCUGAACAUUUGGUCACAUAUAAAGUGUUUGGGGAACCCAAUGGUCCACAUUAUGCUCAUUAUGACUUGGUGGGAGGACGGCUGGCUGUGGAACAAAUAUACCCGUGUAUAAUCGAAUUUCUAAGCUGUCAUGACUUGGAUCAAAAAUCAUAGCGAUGACCCUGGAUGAAAAUAGUUAAGCAGCAAGCUUUGCAUUUCAUUGGCAUUAUUACCUCACCCUCGUUAAUAUUAUCGGUUAUUAUGGUGUGUGUUCUUAUGUCGAUGCCAUGGCUAGGUCCUGUGUGCUGGUCAGCUAUUCUAACGUCCUGCUUUAUUUUCAGAAAAAUACAAAAUAAUCUCAUGAUCGAUUAAAUGUGUUCCUUUUCUUGAUGUGGGGUGUGUGGCAUGUCAUCUCUUCGCAAGAGAACUUCAACCUUGAAAGCUCCGAAUUAAGUCAUACAUGAAAGGUUCCUUGUUAGCUUUCAUCUCAUAUCAUGCUUUUAAUUCUUUUCUGUAAGUUUCAUAUUCAGAUUUGAUUUCGUUUUCCUCUCCAAAAAUUGUGAACUAGAAGUAUCUGUAUUGACACAAUUUAUUGGGCGUUGAUUCUAGAACAUAGGGGUAGUGCCUGUUCAACCUAAUCUACAGCAAUCUCAUGGGUACUGCCCGGACUUUGUAGUUCUGUUGUUUUAUGUAAUCUACCAGCUUGUAUUUAAUGAAGAGAAUAUGUAACAUGAGUUUACAACUUGAAGGAAUAUACAUGUGAUGCAGAUUUUUAUGACAAGUUGAUAACGAUUUUAUGUUAUGAAACA